UGAGAAGUGAUUAAGUCUCUCUGCCUCAGUUUCCUAUCUGGGCAAUGGAGUCUGUGUCCCUUGCUGGCACCAGCAGGCCAAGGAUGGACAGAGGAAUAUCUGGGCCUCUCAGCCCAUGGCAGAGCACCCAGCCUGAGCCCAACCUCAGAACAUCGCAACAGCCCUUCAACACUGGCCAGAUAGAAACUUGGGAUCCGUUACCUACCAUCUUGUUGGAUACAGACCGCUGCUUCGGCCUCUGUGACCCCAGAUUUCUCAACAUCAUUUCUGAACCUUCACUGCCCAUAAAGACCCCGGAUUCAGCCAGACUUGGACAGACGUCAAUACUACCAACUGUGGGAAGGAGCUACCCACUUCAGGUCUCCUUCACUCCUCAGGAUGACCUGCCUACAGAAAGAAGCUACCCACUAUGGGUCUUCUUUCUGCUGAGAGCUGGACACUCGUCAGGACGACCUGCCUGCAGAAAGGACCCACUAUGGGUCUCCUCUGAACUGUUCUGUUGCUCAAUAAAGCUCUUCUCCUUUUUGCUCACCCUCCAGCUGUCUGCAUACCUCAUUCUUCCUGGCCACAGGACAAGAACUUGGGACCCACCAAAUGGUGGGACUGAAAGAGGUAUAACACAAAUAGGGCUGAAAUGCCCUGCCCUACUUUCCACAUUGCGGGUGACAAGGAGAGAAGAGCUGCAGCCCUUCAGGAAGCCCAGACCUAGGAGCUCCCCGACACCCCAGACACCCUGUUUGGGGCUCUGUGGUUCUUGGUGUCUCCAAGCUUCCGGAUGCCACCACGUUCUCCUUGUCCAGAUAUGGGUGCCCACAAUGGAAGCCACUUGCGGUACAUGUGAUCUAGCCUCACCCUUACAUGGAGCUGGUGCCUAUGCUGGCGCCUGGAGCUGCCUGCCCCACCACAGCAGUCAGCAUGCCUGGCUGGGCACAGUGGCCGGAGGCCACAUUCACUCGCUCACACAUCCCUUGCUGCUCCAUGCCUGACUUGCCCUUGGGAGGCAUGGGAUCCAGGCUGGUAGCGUGAGCCAAGCGCAGCCUGCCAGGCUGAGUGAGCAGAAUGAGCCCAGCGGGACCAAGCAAAAACUGGGGCAAAGGCGCCACCGGCCACACUGGAAAAGUGACACCCUAAGGUUCUCGAGAUACCAUCAUCACUGGCUCUUGAACCAGAGGUGCAGCUGCAACAGCACUGUUCCCUCCUGCCGCCAUCCUACUCUCAGGAGUUCACAACCCGACAGCAGCUCCCCUACUACUCUUGGCUCCUGUGUUUGGUCUUUCCCACUUAGGCAGACUCAGUCUCUCCUCACUCCCUCUCUGGAAUCUACUGUUUGCUGCCUCAGGACCUCAGACCCUAGAAGGCUCAAAGGUUACAAGACCCAUGGUCCAGGCCAGCCCGGCCUCUGAGAUGUUUCCUGCUGAAACACUGUUUAUACAAUAAUUUCUCAUGUCUGCAACUCACCCACCAGCCGGACUGUCCGCACUGGCCAGCUACCAGCUAUAUCCAGCUCCCUGGGUCCAGAGCACAGGGCUACAGCAAUGCCUCUGGGGUGGUCCUCUAAAAAUCUACAAGCACACCCCACUGUCUCCAAUCCUUUUCAGUCUCCAUUUCGUGACUCAAGAAGAGGGUCCUAUGCUUUACAAAAGGGCAGUUAUCCAAACAGCUUAAUCUGAAUAAUUUCCAAGACCUCCAUCUGUGGAACAUGUUUCUCUCAGAAAAGAAGUCAACAUGUACCAGGGAACCUAGUGUUCCUGAGCAAUCCUGGUUGCAGGAAAGGUCUACUUUGGAGUACCAGAGCCUAUGCAAAACAACCCUGGGCAAAGCCGGCUGGGACUAGGUUCCCCAAUGCCCAGGUAUGGUUCCAGCUGCAUGUGGACACACAAAUCUGCAAAGGUGCACUGCCCACCCCAAUAGAAAUGAAGGGCUUCUCUGAGGAAUCACAACUUACCACUCC